AUGAUGCUGAUUCUGAUGAAGGCAGUGUUGGCCGGGUGUGUGUUGGUGUGUGUGUUUCCCUGCUGCGGUGUGUGUUUCUCUCGUGGGGCAAGUGUGUCCUCAUGUGUGAACAUGAAACCUGGUCACAUCAGCUCCUUUCCGCAGCACACACACUCCGCCAUCAGCAUCCGCAGCAGUCGAUCAGUGUAUCUGCCACAACACACACUCACAGUGACAGUUCAGAGUUCGCGGGCCUUCAUGGGCUUUCUUCUUCAGGCUCGCUCUGUUCUGGAAGACCGGCUGAUCGGCGGUGAGUUCACACUCCACACCCCCGGCACACACACACUGUCCUGCCUCCGCCCUGACGACACCGUCACACACUCCCACAAAAUGCUCAAGAGGAACCUGUCUUUCAGCUGGAGGGCCCCGGCUCAGCCCAGCGGAGACCUGCGCUUUUACAUCACGCUGGUUCAGUCCUAUUUUGUGUACUGGUCUCGAAUCAGAUCGGCAGUGGUGCAUGAUGGGACACGUAGUUCUCAGAGCACUAAGAGUGUUACAGGACAACCGCUGGUGAACACAUCAGAACCCUCUCCAGCUCUCCGACGCUCUUCAUCUGAAUUUUUUCCAUCCCGGGAACCAACAGAGGGCGCUGUUUCUCUGACACGGCGCAAAAAUCACGCUUCUGAUCUGUUUGGAGUUGUUCUCAAACCUCCCAAACAGCCCAAAACCCCGUCUGGAGCUCCAGAGGGAGGAGGGAAGAUGCCAGAACGUGUGCCCAGCCACAGUGCAUCUGAGCUGGGCUUACUGCUGGGACUCUCUGCUGCUCUGGGAAUGGCCGUAGCUGUUGGUCUCCGGUACUUGCAGAGGAAACACUGUCGAAAACGCACUGCCGUGUCACUGAACGACCGCCAUCAUGACGACAGAGGAAUCAUCCACGUCCAGGAGUGUGGAGACCUGGUGCAGGUGCGCAAAAUACGGCAGAACAGUUUCCUAGUGUUGCAAGCCGAGUACAACCUCAUAACACCGCAAGGAAACUGA